AUGACGAAGAACAUCGUGGUAAUUGGUGCUGGCGUUGCUGGACUGACGACGGCUCUUCUGCUGUCGAAGAAACCUGGCUACAAAAUCGUUGUUGCAGCGAAACAUAUGCCUGGCGACUACGACAUUGAAUACGCAUCACCAUGGGCCGGUGCCAAUUACAUGCCCGUAUCUAUCAGCGGGACAGAUGCUGCCGAAUGGGACAAAAACACAUGGGGUCCCCUUGCAGAUCUCGCGAAAAACAACCCCGGAGCAGGUGUACACUUCCAAGAAUGUGAGAUUCACAAUCGAACGAAGGAUGUCGGGUCAGCGACGGCUGAAUGGUUCAAAGAGCUGUUAUCCUCCAACCCUUGGUUCGCCAAGGUUGUUCCAAAUUUCCGGGCACUCCCAAAAGAGGCCCUUGGUCCAGGCAUUGAUUCGGCCACAGUCUUCACUUCCGUUUGCAUCAACACGGCAAUCUACCUCCCGUGGCUUGUUUCCCAAUGUCUGUCCAACGGAGUCAUUUUCAAGCGCAGCGUAUUUGAGCAUAUUCUAGAUGCGACUGCAUCAGGCAUCCACCCGAACGGCCGUGUUGAUCUAGUGGUCAAUUGUACAGGUUUGAUGGCUUCCAAGCUGGGUGGAGUGCAAGACACUACGGUGGUCCCUGCACGAGGACAGAUUGUUAUCGUCCGGAACGAUGCAGGAAAAAUGCUGGACAUGUCCGGUACGGAUGAUGGCGACGAAGAAGCCUGCUAUGUCAUGACUCGAGCAGCCGGUGGAGGUACCAUCCUCGGCGGGUCUUACCAGAAAGGUAAUUGGGAAUCUCAACCCGACCCAAACCUGGCAAUCCGGAUCAUGAAGCGGGCUGUCAAGAUGUGCCCUGCGUUGACGGGUGGAAAGGGGAUUGAACAUCUGGACAUCAUCCGUCACGGAGUUGGCCUGAGACCUGUCCGAGAGGGCGGUACUAGAAUUGAAAAGGAGCGUAUUGGAGGAGUCUUGGUGGUUCAUAACUAUGGUGCUGGAGGUGCUGGGUAUCAAUCCUCGUAUGGAUGUGCCCAGGCCGCGGUUGACCUCAUUGAUCAAGCUUGGAAUGUUCAAGCCAAGCUAUAA